AUGUUGAUAGAUAAUGUUAUAUUGUUUAUAUUUAUCCCAAGCGAAAGUACAAAGACGCGCGUCCCGAGCAGACAGAUUGUGCAAGAGACGAAUGAUCCCGCGAACGAUGAACGACUUUUCUCUGUGGAAAUUCUUAUAAGAUUCUUAAACCGAUGGGAGAAUAGCACGGGCGGGAGCCUCACCUUGGGUGAUCUAAAGUUUCCCAGCCUCAACCGAACAUUUGUCCACUCAAUGCUGUCAGAAAACGGAAAAGUAAGUUUUGCGUGGAAAGUUUGGCUUCGCUUUCGGAAGGCGAACCGAGCGGAGCCCUACAACGAAUGGGCGUGUGCGGAAUGUAUAAUAAACAAGGAGAUUAAAAACCGAAUUCUGUCAAAUGCAUCGCCGCCGUCACGCCGUCACGCCGUUACGCCGUCUCGGAGAUUGAUGAGUGCACUCGUCUCGAGGCCGAGCGGUCGCGAAGCUCCUGCCAAUUGUACAAGAUUCCGUCGGCUCGGAAUCGUGGUCGCAAUAAGUUUGGCGAAACUUUAUCUAAAGCUAAACCACGAAGUCACAAUAAAAGGUAUUCAAGCCUCGCCUAAAUUGAUAUUGACUCUGUCUCGGUAUAAGAAUAUCGCGGAGGAUACGUCAUACGACACACGAGGUCGGGACUCGAUCGCGUGA